AUGCUCCGGGCUUUGGCGUGCCAUGAAGAUCUCGCCCUUCGCUUCGAUUUCCCUCACUUCAAGCGCGUGGCCUUGGUGGUGGUCGGUGAGCCUCCAGAGGCGUUCAAGGCAAGGGUUCACAGCGUUCUUCUGGCAGAGAAGCAGGAGAAGCUCGAUGCCGAGUGGAAAGUGCGAGAGGCAGACAAGGAGAGGCAGAGGCAGCUGGAGUCUCUACGGGCGCAGCAGCUGGCAUUGCAGGAGCAGCAGAGAAAGGCGGCCGAGGCUGCAAAGGCAAGAUUGUGA